UGUAGUGUUGUUAGUAUCAUAGUUGUUUUGUUUGAGUUUGACAUUUUCUGUUCUGUUGUCUAGUCAGGAUUGAUUAGAUAGAUGCACAUUAUAAUGUGUCAUAAAGCAGCGUUAGAAUUAGCCGUUAGACUUAAUUCAAACACUUUCAAGUUUUCAAUCCUCAGUAAAUAUUGUAAUCUAUCCUCAACCAACUAUGAGGCAAAUAAACUUGUUCUUAGUAAUGUCACAAGGAAGUUCAGUGCACUCGUCCCGCAGCAAUAUCAAUAUAAAAACAAUGACACCUCACAAAUAGCCAGUUUAAAUUUACUAAGUGAAUCUUCAGUUAAUAAUCGCUCAUAUUGCUCCAAAAGAGAACGCGAACUGCCGAAAAUCAUGCAGUUUCCCCAAGUUGUAUGGCCUAGUGUUUUUAAAACCAUCCGUAACUGGGUCCUUUCAAAUUUUAUAAUAAUGCGUUAUUUUGACAGCGACUUCAGUUUACCGAACUUUGUCAAUGGCUCUAAACAGGCGGUAGAGAUUGUGUCUGGUUUCAUCGCCAAAGGAGAUGUGGAUAGCUUGGUGGGUCUGGUUACACCUGAAGUCAUUACGCAGGUGCGAGAGACAAUGCAAACACUCUCACUCAAAGAACGACAGGAGUUUGCUAUCCGACAAGAUGACAUAUUUUUCUGUUUUCCGUACGAGGUCGGGGUAAUGUUCCCUAAUGAAGACAAAAAUGAAGGCGAAAACCAAAGCAGAUUCGUGGAGAUAACAAUGUGCUAUCACGCGUUGCUCGGACUGAGAGAGCUACGAGAGUCAGGCACUGAGAUACCAAUAAACAUCGGGGUUCAGCCAGAGUUCAGUGAUAAAAUCUUUGUCCUCAACUACCGUUUCAUCCGAGAGUUCACUAAGGGAGUGCAAGACGACUGGACGAUCAAUGCCAUCAAUCACUUCAAACCUUCUGUACAUAUGUAGCCAUAGCAAUAGUUAAGUUUGUAAAAUAAAUUAUAUAGCUAUUA